CGUAGGUAGAAGGCCAUGGACAAGAAGAAUUAGAAUUGGCUAUAAAAGUACUCAACAUUAAGGAGUCAGUAUCAGUUCAAGUUCAAGAAAUAAAGUGAUUUUGUAAAAAUGUUCAUGAAACUUUUCUUUUUGUGUGCCAUCCUGGCUAUCGCCAUGGCAGCUCCAGCUAAGCUGGCUAAUCCUGCGGCUGAUUUAGAACCAGCAGCGUCUGCGCAUUAUGGUUAUGGUGGAGGAUAUGGUGAUUAUGGAGGAGGAUACGGUGGUUAUGGAGGAUAUGGUGGUAUUGGCGUAUAUCUAGGCGGAUAUGGCGGUUAUGGAGGAUAUGGAGGUUAUGGCGGAUACGGAGAUUACGGAGGAUAUGGUGGAUGGGGACAUCACCACCACCAUCACCAUGGAUAAAUAAAUAAAAUAGAUAUUUUCAAUUAAUGUAAUAAUUUUAACCUGUAAAUAAUAGAAUAAAUGUAACAAAUAAAAUGUACAAAUACUUUA